AUGAGCUUUGCCGAUUUCGCUUCCACCAGUCCGACGUCAUCGUCCACUUUGUCUCUAAACCAGACGAAAAAAAGUACCUUCAAUCUCCCAAAUUCUCUAUCCUUACCCUCCCGUCAAGCCAUUGAAACGGCAACGUUAAAACUCGAACAAUUUCAACGUCAAGUUGUUGCAAUCAAACGUUUGUCAAGCGUUUUAAACGCCAUUGACGAAGAUCUUCAUGAUCGUAUUCGUUUUGCGUGUUUGUUACAAGAAGAAAUUGCCACUCUUUUGACCCAAAUUCCACCCGAUGCUUUUAAUUCGUUACUCAAACGAAAAAUUUGGAAAGAUUUUCAAACAAUUGCAACCCAAUUUGAAUCUGUGGUCGUACAUGUCUCAGCCCGUGAACAAGAGCAACAUCACCACCGUUUACAAGAGCACCAAGAUGGCUACAUUCUAGCCCCCCAGGAUGGACAACAAUAUGAAUUUACCCAAUUAAAACAUGAAAUUGCACAAAAUGAAGUCCUGAUUCAAGAGCGGGAAGACGAUAUUGUUAAAAUUCAUCAAAGUGUUGCCCAAGUGAAUGAGAUUUUUCGAGAUUUAGCAGCAAUUGUACACGACCAACAAGGAGAUUUGGAUGUUAUUGAGACUCAUGUUGAAAAGAGUCGACAGGAGACACAAAAGGGACUGGAGGAAGUGAAAAAAGCGUCGGAAAUGCAAGGAUUUUGUGUGGUGCAAUAG